AGGUUCAUGGUGACUAGGCCUCUGGGCUACUACUACAUUCAAUUCUACAUCCCUAGCAUCCUACUAGUCAUGAUGUCUUGGGUCAGUUUUUGGAUCAGUGUGGAUGCCGUGGUUGCCAGGGUCAACAUCGGGCUGAUGACUGUCCUCAACCUUGUCACUCAGAGUACCGGGUCCAGAGACCAACUACCCAAGGUGUCCUAUAUAAAAGCCAUUGAUGUCUGGAUGACGGCCUGUCUUGUCUUCGCCUUUGCCUCACUUAUCGAGUUUGCAGUCGUAAACGUUUGGUCGCGAGCCGACGAGCGCAGAAGGAAACGACAGCUGCAACAGCAGCAGCAGCAACAGCAGCAGCAACAACAAAAUCAACAACAACAACAACAACAAAAUCAACAGCAGCAACAACAAAUGCAACAACAACAAAUUCAGCAGCAGCAGCAACAAAUGCAACAACAGCAGCAACAACUUCAACAACAGCAAAGGUUACGUAACCUUUUGACCUCUUCGAAAUCCCCCUCAUCCCAGAAGGAACAACCGCGCGCUCAAAAAUUAGAUAAAUUAUCUCGGAUUAUAUUUCCCCUGACGUUUGUGUUGUUCAAUUUGGUUUACUGGAUGUCGUACGGACUCCAUGUUCCGUGA